AUGAGAGCCACGUACUUCUUGUCGUUGUCUUUUGCCUCCUUGGUACUGUCGAGCGCGGUGAAGAGAGACUGUCCUCAGUCGAAGUGCUACACGGCGACCAAUGACUGCGGCACGCCCUAUGGCGGAUGCUGGGACGAGUGUUCCAUGACCGCCUCCGAAGUCCCGACCUUCACCGCACCGCUCUGCUCAGAGACACCAGCACCCGAAAUCACCCCAGCGCCAACCGAACCUCCGAUGUCAACAGAGGGUGGUUGCUCUCCCUUGACGCUCUGCAUCGAUAUGAUGACCACGUGCGGUAACCAGACGUUGUUAUACGGAGGCUGCUACGAUACUUGCACGCCAACGACUUAUACUCCUCCCCCUUGCACACUACCUCCCGUUACGCGACCGGGUACGGCUCCGACGCCGAUGGUGACGAAGAAGCCGAAGAAUAGGAAGCCGUGCAAGGCGGAGAAGGGAAAGAACUGGAUGUGUGCGCCGCCGGGGUGGUGA